GUAUGGGAAGAAAGAGAAUCGACGAAAAAGGAAUAUCUAUUGUGAUAGAUACUUGCGUAUUUUGAUUUAUUUGGACAACCAGUUCUACAAUAAAACACCUGAGCAAAUUGUGUUCAACCAUGGAGUCGAUAAACCUCACAGACGCUCUACUGACCACUGGGAUGUCCAAUGGGACAGGAGGAGGGUCCGAGCGUCAAGCCAUGUCCUCACUACCACUGUAUCUCCUCGUCUGGGUCUCGGUGUCCUACGCCAUUAUUUUCCUGGUCGGUGUUUUGGGCAAUAUUCUGGUGCUGGCCGUCAUUUGGGCUAACAAGGACAUGCGGAAGUCCACGGAUCUUAUCCUGGCCAACCUGAGUACGGCGGACCUCCUGGUGCUGCUGAUCUGUAUGUCGGCGGCCAUGACGGAGUUUUACGGCAGGGAAGAGUGGCUGUUCGGGAACGCAGGAUGCAAGCUGAUUCCGUUCCUGGAGAACCUAUCCGUGCACGCCUCCAGCCUCUCCAUCGUCACCAUCAGCAUCGAACGCUACUUCGCCAUCUGUCACCCUCUCCAGGUCAAAGCCCGCUUCACGCCACGCCGCAGUGUUAUCAUGAUUGUGAUCAUCUGGCUGGCGGCCAUUUUGGCUACGAUCCCCUUCUUUGUGAUAGCCAAGGAGAAGGACGAGAGGUACCCGGACGGAAAGCCCGUGAAGGUCUGUUCCACGGCGAUAAUUGAAAAGUGGAAAAAAGGUUACGUUGUGACCUUGACCUGCUUGUUUUUUGCACUUCCGGUGGUCAUUCUGCUGGUCAUUUACGUGUUGAUUUGCCGGGUGUUGGUUGCCGAGAGAACAAUCUUCCAUUCCACCGGCAAUGGUAGAAACUCUAAUUCUACAGCCAGUACUGUUCGCAACCGGCACCAGGUCGUCUAUGUCCUGUUGGCAAUCACAGUCGCGUUCUUUGCAUGUCUUCUGCCUUUCCGGGUCUACUCACUCUGGUUGCUGUUCGAAAGUCAUGACGUCAUCCGGACAAUCUCAUCAGAAAGUUCGCUGAACAUUGUCAGUUUUUGUCGGGUCAUGUUCUACCUGAACAGCGCAAUCAACCCGGUCCUAUACAACCUCUUCUCCACAAAAUUCCGCAAGGCUUUCGAGAGGACAAUCUGUAGAGGUCAAACAAAAAUAAGAAAAGGGCCGAGCGCAAAUACAUCCGUCUAUCAAAUGGACGAACAGUCCUCCGGCAAGCGUCGGAGUAACCGAAACUCCUGUCCCUUCAGCAAGUGUCAGGGGGGUGGUCAGCAGGUCGCAGACGCCUUCAUCCCAGCUGACCAUGAGGGUGGGAGUGGAGAGCAGAGCCCUCAUGUUGAUAUCGACCACAUAGGACCUGAACAACCCAUGGUAUCUUUGGACGAAGUCAAUGGUGUCAGGUACCCCUACCCAGAGUAUGUGUAGAUCCGGUUUGUAUGGAGACUGUUGUAUAAUAUCAUAUCAUACGGACAAAGCGGCCCAGGGAGUUUAUUGCACGAGGACGGCGCACUUGAAACUAAGAGAACUUGAAACUCGGAACUAGUAGUUGGAAAAGUGGUAAGGGUUAUCUGCAUUUAAACCAACUACGAUUUGGCACUGUGGAACUAUUGUAUCGAGCAAGAAAGGACAGGGUAACCCACGGCGCCUGAAGACCUGAGACAUACUAGAGGACACACUUGAUCACUUGAUGAGUGACAUUUAACAAUUUCAUUGGGCGCAGAUAUAUAAAAAAUAGAUGCAAAAGAAAACGGUAUGCCCGGUUGUUGCAUUUCAAUAAAAGGGCAUACAGUUUGAUGUAAGUGCACAUAAACCACCUUUGUACAAAAUUGAGAAUGUUCUUUUCGCAGAUUCGCAAGGUGUCAAAUUGGAUGAAAAAUAUCAAUUACAUUUAUCUGUUAUACGAUUAUACCGGUGCUUCAUACUAAAUAUGAUAAUGGUAUUCUUCGUUGGUUCUAGCACAUUUUACAAACACUAUCACUGCACAGUUACAUUAUAUGAAGUAGACAUUUUUUCACAGAAAAGAACGUGAUGAAAUGUAGUUUGAUUGUCAUUAUAAGUGUCACAAAUACCUGUAGUUUGGCAAAGAAUCAUACCAAACCGAAAUUGUAAUGUGUCCGAUACAGUUCAUUCUGUCGGUAAUUAUUAUUUGUUACAGGUAUUUUAUUACUAACUGUAGCAAUUUUAACUUGUAAAUUUUAGAUACUCGACAACUUGUAACACCUAAGACACUGAGCCGUGCCGCUGGUUUGCAGAGCAGAUUUGGGACGUUUUAGAAAUAUUUUCUUUAUCAUAAAACUUACCUGGCUUUGUGUUUCAUGUAUACAAUUGUAUCAGAUUUUUUACGUAGAUACGUCCAUACAAAUGCAGUCUAUUAAGCUUGUCAAUAAAAAUGCAACGCACCUAUACAUACAUACAUGUAUGUGAACGCACACCUCGGCUUUUGUACAUUGAUGCAUUUAUA